AUGGGCACAGCGACCGAUUUACCGUCUCGUUCAAACCCAAGUAAUCCACUUGACAGCUUACCACCACCUUAUACAGAGCACGACCCGCAGUCUGCGGCUCAAGCCCCCCAAUAUGAGACACCGUCAUAUACUGCAUGUGAAUCUAGCAGUACAUCAGCAACGGCCAAAUUUCCGCCCGCCAUGAACGGAUACUUCCAAUGGAAACUUACAAACACAUUCCACCUUGGACCGACCGCGGACGAAAAGCUAUACGCGGUGUCAACCCCCGCGACUGUUUUCAAUAACAAACCCACAAUCGUGUUACACGAUGGUCCAACUAACAAGCACCCGGCAAUGGCAAUGGCUCAGGGUGACAAGUGGGGAAGGAGCAGACCCGUCAUAAUCACACUCCCACCUCGUCCAGGGUCUGAACGUCAAGACUCCAUUGUGGAGGUCGUUCCCGGUGGAUCGUUGAAGCACUUUUCGCCUACCCAUAUGUUCGAAACAUCCGUGGGUGCGAAAGGAACAACACGGGAGAGAUUUGAGUGGCGUAAGAGCCAUGGCAAUGAAAUCAAAGAACUUGUUGGUUUUUCAUAUGGAUGGAAAUUAGUGCGGUUGACAGGACCGGUGAACAAUGUAGGCGGGAGCAGAAAAGAGCGCCCCCGGGGUUAUACAAGCGACGGAUUAGAGAUCGUGGCUCUCAUCGCACACAACGCUUCUUGGAGCAUGACGAAAGGGUUUCGAUUCGCCUUCAUGGGCGCUGGGUUGACUGGUACCAUGGGAGAAAAUUGGGAGAUUGUUGUUGUGAUUUCCGCUCUCCAAUUGUGGUUCAUAGAUGUUCAAGGCAUAUCAGAUACAGCCUCUGCUACAACUAUUGGCACCAAUUUGAAUUGA